AUGGCCUCAAUCUCAGUACCGCCUUCUAAAACCGACACGAUCAUUGUCGUCGGCGCUGGCAUAUUCGGACUUUCCACUGCGAUUCACCUGGCAGAGCGUGGUUACGAGAACGUCACCAUUUUCGACAAACAGCCGUACGAAGAGACACUUUAUUCUUACUUUAACGGUUGCGAUGCUGCCUCUGCUGAUAUCAAUAAGAUCAUUCGAUCAGCCUAUGGCACCCAGAAAAUCUAUCAAGACCUCAGUUUCGAAGCUAUCAAAGGUUGGAAUGCCUGGACACGCGAGCUUCGACGCGGUGGAGAUGCCGUGCCUCCGGGCAUGAACACCGAUGACGAUCUCUGGAUCAACAAUGGCGAUUUGUCGUGCACCGACGAUGCCGUAUUGCCUGAAUUUGAGAAGUCCACGAUUGAGACCAUGCAUAGGGCUGGUUAUCAGGAUACGCAACUUGUCAAUGAUAACCCGGAUCACUUGCGGAUGGCGGCCGAAAGGGGUCUGGCCUCGAUGAUGCAGCCAUUCUCCAAGAAACUGCUGGGAGUUCUGGAUUCAACUGGGGGUAUAACCUUAGCCGACAAGGCAUGUCGUUUUGCACUACACAAAGCUAAACGCUUGGGGGUUCGAGCCAUUCUAGAACCACUUGCUGGAAAGGUUGUAUCCUUGAUCGAAACCCCGAACUCUCAGAUAUCUGGAAUCCGUACUGCUGAUGGUAAAUCUCACGAGGCCGCCCUGACUAUUGUCGCAUGUGGUGGUUGGACCCCAAGUCUCAUACCAUCUCUAGACGGCUUUGCGGAGACAACUGCUGGGUCCGUUGCGCUUUUCAAGCUACCGAAGCAUCUUCACCAACGCUUCGCCUCUUCAAACUUCCCAGCAUGGUCAUUCAAGAUCGGCGACGGUGCAGAAUAUGGACUCUACGGUUUUCCUGUCGAUGACAACGGCGUUCUCAAGAUUGGGUACCGGGGAACCAAGUACACCAAUCCAAAGAUUCAACCGGACGGUCGAGAACGCAGUGUCCCUGUGACGCGAUGGACUGAAGACGAACAGAUCCGCAAGGUUCCUUCUCAAGCCCUCAAGGUAAUCAGGGCCUUUGUGGACAGAUAUCUCCCGGAGCUGGCCGGCAUCGAGGUGUGGAUGACAAGGCUAUGUUGGUACACUGAUUCGUUCGACAACCAUUUCAUCAUUGACCAGGUUCUGGGACAAAACGGACUGAUGGUGGCCACGGCAGGCAGUGGACAUGCGUUCAAAUACCUGCCCAAUAUCGGAGGUUGGGUAGUGGAUAUCAUAGAGGGCAAGGAGUUGAACAGACCGGCGCGCAUGAAUGAUGCAAAUCGCGAUCUGGCGCUUUACAUGAACCCCGAUGUAUUUCCUUACAAGCCUUACAAGGGAGAAAAUGGCGAAGCAAAGCGUCACUGGGAGCGCAAUCGCAAAGGUCAGUACGAGAAGUGA